AUGCCUCGUCGAGUGUCAACGUCUCUUUUAAGUAGUUCACCGCCGACCCCUUGGCCGUCCUUUACGCCAUCCGCGGACAAGGGCGGUACCUUUGUCAACAAGACGUCUCAGAAAGCCAGCAAGAUCGCUCAAUUCUUCUCGACUUCGCCGAAGACGAAAGAGGCUCAAACCGCUGCCGCGGCCUUACUCGCGGCCAGCAAAGCACAGGAACAGGCUUUUUUGGCCUCGGGCUCACCGCCAAUCAGUACUCCAUCACUAUCGCUACCGAGCAUCUCGCUUUCGACUGCCCGCGCAGACUCCACAAACAUGGACGAACCUCCCACUACCCUUUUCCAACCACCUUCUGCGGCCGAGACAAGAAAACUCGUGAAACAACAUGCACAAUUUGGUCCUUUAAAUUCUCAGUCGCAUCGCUACACCAGUCGACACCAAGGGGGCGAAUUCCCCGAACCUAUCAUGGACGAACCGCCCUAUUAUUAUCUGCUAACCACCUACAUCUCCUACCUCAUCCUAAUUAUUUUCGGGCACGUCAGAGACUUCUUUGGUAUGAAAUUCAAGGAAGACAACUAUCGCCAUCUCAAGGCUCGUAAUGGCUAUGCUGCGCUCAACAGUGAUUUUGACAAUUUCUAUGUUCGACGCCUGAAGAUGCGCAUCAACGACUGUUUUAACAGACCCACCACUGGUGUCCCUGGCCGCUAUAUCAAUUUGCUAGAUCGAACAUCCGAUGAUGGAAAUUAUCAUUUCUCUCUGACGGGUACCACGACCGAAACCCUAAAUUUGAGCUCCUAUAAUUACCUCGGGUUUGCACAAUCCGAUGGGCCUUGCGCCGAUGCUGUUGAAGAAACAAUACGGCGCUAUGGACUAGGAACGAGCAGUUCUCGGAGUGAAGUGGGCACCUCAGAUUUGGCCGUCGAGUGUGAGAACCUGAUUGCAGGCUUCGUCGGCAAGGAAGCCUCCAUGGUUUUCUCGAUGGGUUUCGGCACCAAUGCCGCAGUUUUCUCUGCUAUGGUCGGAAAAGGAGAUUUGAUCAUCUCGGAUGAAUUAAACCAUGCCUCCAUCCGAUUCGGAUCAAGACUCUCAGGAGCGAUGAUCACUUCCUUCCAACAUAACGACAUGAAGGAUCUCGAAUCGAAGCUUCGAGAGGCCAUUUCCCAAGGCCAACCACGCACACAUCGGCCUUGGAAAAAAAUCUUGGUCGUGGUUGAGGGCCUUUACUCCAUGGAAGGUACCAUGUGCCAUCUUCCAGGUUUGAUUAGACUAAAGAAACGCUACAAGUUCCAUUUGUUUGUCGAUGAAGCGCACUCAAUUGGCGCCCUGGGACCACAUGGCAAAGGUGUCUGUGACUAUUUCGGUAUCGAUCCUGCAGAAGUAGAUAUCCUGAUGGGGACUCUUACCAAGUCGUUCGGCGCGAAUGGCGGAUAUAUCGCCGCCGACAAAGCCAUUAUUGAUAAAUUGAGGGUGAGCAACGCUGGUACCAUCUAUGGUGAAACUCCUGCCCCGGGAGUGCUCACCCAGAUCAUGGCUUCCCUUCGUCUCAUCAAUGGUGAUCUCCUCCCAGGUCAAGGUGAAGAGCGUCUCCAACGGAUUGCGUUCAACUCUCGAUAUCUGAGACUUGGACUCAAGCGUCUCGGUUUUAUCGUUUACGGACACGACGACUCACCAAUCGUCCCUUUGCUCCUCUACCACCCCGCCAAGAUGCCUGCCUUUUCACAUGAAAUGCUGAGGAGAAAGAUCUCGGUCGUGGUCGUUGGUUAUCCUGCUACCCCCUUGAUCUCUUCGAGGGCUCGCUUUUGUAUCUCAGCUGCGCACAACAAGGACGACUUGGAUCGAGUGUUGGCGGCUUGUGAUGAGAUUGGCAAUGUUCUACAACUCAAGUUCGCCAGCGGAAUUGCCGGAGGCGCUCCGCCCCUUGCCGAGGGCGUUACAUGGGAAAUGGAGCACAGUCGAAAGCGUUUGGAAAAGCACGACAAAGUGGCCAAAUCACUUGUUGUCACUCCCAGAUGGACAUUGGAGGAGGUCAUCAAACGUGGCGUCCAGGAUGUCAAAUUGCCACUCCGGUAG